GAGGCGGCGCCGCGGAGCGAUGGCGGCGGCCGCCGCGGGUCCGUUCAGCCUGAGGGAGGUUCUGGACGCCUUCCGGAGGUGCGUGACGGAGCAGCGGGAGGUGCUGCUGGAGCCCUACCUGAGCGGCUGGCGGGGGCUCAUCCGCUUCCUGCAGAGCCUGGGCGCCGUCUUCUCCUUCAUCUCCAAGGACGCCGUGGCCAAGGUGGCUCUGCUGGAAGGUCACCGGCAGCAGCACGGCUUCGUGUCGCUGCAGUCGCUGGUGCAGCACGAGCUGGCGGCGGGGCCGGCGGCGCUGCGGGCCCGGCCCGACUCCGGCUGCCGCACGGUGCUGCGGCUGCACCGCGCCCUGCGCUGGCUGCAGCUCUUCCUCGAGGGGCUGCGCUCCGGCGAGCCGCGCACCUCCGUGCUCUGCACCGACGCCUACAACGCCUCGCUGGCCGAGCACCACCCCUGGGUGGUCCGCAAGGCAGCCACCGUGGCCUUCUGCACGCUGCCGUCGCGGGAUGCUUUCCUGGAGAUCAUGAACGUGGGCUCGGCCGAGGAGGCCGUGGCCAUGCUGGGGGAGGCCAUCCCCUACAUCGGCGAUGUGUACAGCAUCACCCAGGAGCUCUUCGCUCAGCACAAGCUGCUCGACCUGCCCUGAUGGGUGACAAUGACGUUUUGUUUUUUUUGCACGAGCCUGUGGUUCUCUGUCCGUGGUUGUUUCCACUUUUUCUUUCCAGCCUGGAGAUGGAAAGUCGGCCAAACUAUUCCACUUUAUAAACAUGGACCGGUUCUUUUUUUACAUCUCUCAGUUCUUUUCUUACAUCUCUAAAUUUAGGAAAAAAUUCCACGUUAGGUUGAGCUGCUAAGGGAUUUAUUAUUUUCUAUUCCUAGCUUACAGCAUCACCCAGGAGCUCUUUGCUCAGCACAAGCUGCUCGACCUGCCCUGAUGGGUGACAAUGACAUUUUUGCACAAGCACAACCCUCUGGUUCUCUGUCUGUGCUUAUUUCCACUUUUUCUUUUCAGCCUGGAGCUGAUGGCCAAGUUAUUCCACUUUAUAAACAUGGAACAGGGUUUUUUUUACACUUUUUUUUACAUCUGUCAGGUUUUUUUUUAACAUCUCUAGAAUUAGAAAAAAAAUCCACAUUAAAAGGAGCCGUGUAGAAUUAGAAAAAAUAAUUCCACAUUAGGAUGAGCUGCUAAGGGAUUGGUUUUUUUUUAAUUCCCAGCAAAGCUGGAAAAGGUUUUUCUUCUGAAGCCCAACUCCAGCCUUCUGUGCAUUUCCAGCAAUAUUUGUGGCCUUGUGUGGCAGCACAAAUUGGAGCUGUGGUGUCUGAACUCAUUUACACGCUUUGGUUUGUACAAAAACCCCACCUGGAGGAUUCAGUGCUGGGGAAAUGCCCUUUCCCUGUCGUUGUGGGGGUGGAUGGAGGAGAAAAGCGUUCCUGGAGCAGGAUCCACCCAGCAGCACCUUCCCUCUGCGCCCCUCCCCUGUUCAAUUAAUGGUUUUUGCACUUGGGAUGUGCAGCACAUUUUAAUUCCUGCUGCACAAUCCCCUCUGUCCAGCCCAGCCUGGAGCUGUUUCCUUCCUACUUGUGUUCUCGUGUGUUUCUUUUUUAUUUUUAUCAAUGUGUUCAAUGCCUACCAAAAGGAUUUUUCUGCCUCUCUGGCGGGGGAAAUCCACACUUGUACUGUAAAUCACUGCUUGGGGAGGUUUCUGCCUGCUCCUGGAAGAGCCAGAGGGGCUCAGAAGGGAUUUGCUGAGCUUUGGGAGGCUGGAGGAGCCCUGCAGGGUUAGUCCAGGACUGCAGGGCUGCUGCAGGCUGAUGCUCUCUCUGUAACAGUGAAAAAUUCAGGAAAUCACUAUUACCUCAUGGAGAUGGACUCACUGGACAUUAAAUGAUGUGAAUAA